AUGCACAACCAGGAGUUCAACUAUCAAACUAAUUUAUACCCCACAAUCAGAAAACUUGCACGAUUACGAGCCCAGCUUCUUGAGCCAACUGGAGGAUCUGGAUCCGGCGGAGGAGCUGGUUUUGACGUUAGCAAGAGCGGAGAUGCUCGAAUUUCUCUUGUCGGAUUCCCUUCGGUUGGAAAGUCAACCUUUUUAUCAAAAAUCACCAAGACCAAGAGUGAAGUUGCUGCGUACUCCUUCACCACUCUCACAGCUAUUCCUGGCGUGUUGGAGUAUGGUGGUUCUGAGAUUCAGAUUCUGGAUCUUCCCGGAAUCAUUGAAGGAGCAGCAGAAGGCAGGGGACGAGGGAGGCAGGUUAUUUCUGCGGCUAAGACCAGUGAUUUGAUCUUAAUGGUUUUGGACGCAACGAAGAAAGCUGAGCAAAGAGCAUUACUAGAGGCAGAAUUAGAAGCUGUCGGAAUCCGGCUGAAUCGAGAAGUGCCAAACAUCUAUCUGAAAGUCAAAAAGGCUGGCGGGAUGAAGAUCACAUUCCAGUCACCUCCAAAGUAUCUUGACGAAAAGAUGUUGUACAAUAUCCUGAGAGACUACAAGGUGCUCAAUUGCGAGGUCCUGAACCUCUUCGACUCGUCUAACCGGCCAAUUCCUAGCUUGUACGUGUAUAACAAGAUCGACAGCGUCAGCCUGGACUUCCUUGACCAGCUAGCGAGAGAGCCUCACACCUGUGUGAUGAGCUGCGAGCUCGACCUGGGCAUUAAAGACGUGGUAGACCGAUGCUGGCAAGAACUCCAGCUCAUCCGCAUCUACACAAAGCGGCAAGCCACCCCCUGGUCCCACCUCUUUGUGCUUAAUGUUAUUGUUAUUGCUAACCGGAGCGUAGAAAAGGAGUGGACCCCGACUUCAACGAGGCUCUGA